AUGGCACAGCUGCAGCGUGAGCGCAGGGUGGGAGUCCGUCCCAGUGGCUCAGCGCUGGGCAGCGCACAGGCUUCGCGUGACAGCUGCGGGGCAGCGCGGGGGGGGGUGGUCGUGCAGGGGCCGCGGGUACGAGAGCGGCGGGAUGGGGACCCCCGGGCGGCACCGAGGAGGUCGGGGUCGGGGAGCUCUCCCGGUGCCCGCGCCGCCCGCUGCCGGAGCCCCGCGGUGACGGGGGCGGCUCCGCCGGUGGCCCCGGUGGCGGCGGGAGCGAUCCAGUGCCCGCCGUGCUCGGAGGAGCGGCUGGCCCGCUGCAAGGCCCCGCAGGGCUGUGCCGAGUUGGUGCGGGAGCCGGGCUGCGGCUGCUGCGCGACCUGCGCGCUCGGCCGGGGCACCGCCUGCGGGGUGUACACGGCGCGGUGCGGGGCCGGGCUGCGCUGCUACCCGCCCCGCGGCGUCCCCCGGCCGCUGCACACCCUCAUGCACGGGCAGGGCGUCUGCACCGACCUGGCCGACGUCGAGGCCAUCCAGGAGAGCCUGCAGCCGCCAGAGAAGGAGGAGGUCGAGCACCCCAACAACAGCUUCAGCCCCUGCAGCAUCCACGACCGCAAGUGUCUGCAGAAGCAGCAGGCGAAGCGCGUCAGCAACGGCAACAAGAUGCGCAACAGCGGGAGCCCGCACCACCGCGAGGAGACACGGCCCAUCACACAGGGCUCGUGCCAGAGUGAGCUGCACCGCGCGCUGGAGCGGCUCGCGGCCUCGCAGACACGGACGCACGAGGACCUCUAUGUCAUCCCCAUCCCCAACUGCGACCGCAACGGCAACUUCCACCCCAAGCAGUGUCACCCGGCGCUGGACGGGCAGCGGGGAAAGUGCUGGUGCGUGGACCGCAAGACGGGGGUGAAGCUGCCGGGCUUCCUGGAGCUGAAGGGGGACUUGGACUGCCACCAGCCAGCAGACAGCAUGUGAGCGUGAGCGCGGCCGGGCCGCCCCCCGGGGCCGUGGAGGAGAGGGGACGCAUCUGCUGAGCAGCUCCUGGUGCCGGGGGACCCCGGCGUGCUCCCCCAUCACUGCCCUGCUCUGCCCACGGCACGCGGCACCGUGCCACCCCAGCGCUGUGACCGCCACCCACCACCCGCUGGUGGCAUCCCCAUCCCGCAUGGACGCUGGUGCGGACAGACGGAUGCUGCCCGGGUGCCAGCGGGGCUGCUUUCAGGCUGUUUCGUGGAGGUGUAUGAAGGAGAAAGCGCCGCUGCUCCCCUCCCUGCCUGCAAGCUCCCGGAGCAGCCCCCGUUGCAGUGCCUUCCCCGCGCCCGCCCCGAGCGCGCAGCACGAGAAGUGCCUCGGCCCCCCCGGCCACGUGGGCAGGGAGGGGAGGGACCCCCCCAGGGAGGGGAGGGACCCCCCCGCUGCCCCCUGCCGUCACCCUGCCCUCGGGUGGGGUGGGGGCUGCAAUGAGCAAUAAGGACCCCGGGGUGGGGCACCAACAGCGUCGGCUCUUCCUGGUGCGGCCCCGGACCCCCCGCCCGGUGCCACCGACCCCCCCCGCCUCCCCGCAUUUGUAAUAUUUAAAAGCCAUCGCCGCUGGGUGGGCCGCUUGGUGCCCUGGGCUGAGUCGCUCCCGCUCCCCCUGGGACUCCCCCCCCCUCGUGGUUGCUGUCCUGGUCCUCAGACGGGGCGCAGGCAGGACGGGUUUCCACGUCUCGCUGACACGAGCUUUGCCGUUUCUCACCAACGCGGAAUUUUCAGCUGAAACAUUCUCACUAUUUUAGUAGCACGAUUUUUUCUUUCCUUAUGACGACGACUAUUACACUGACAUCCCACGGGAGCGGCCGGGUUGGCCACUUUUCCCUUCCAUGUCCUUUGGGUGAGAAAUGGCAGCGGGCGCGGGGCCGAGUGCGGGGCGGGGGGUCCUGCGGGGUCAGCGCUGCACAUCACCGCUCCCACUGUGGUCACCCACCGCCGAGUACCAGUGUAAGGCCCCCACCCCACCAUGACCCCACUGUGACCCCACCAUGACCCUGCCAUGACCCUGCCAUGACCCUGCCAUGACCCUGCUGUGACCCCGCCAUCUCUUUUCCGCACUGAUGCGAUCAUCGUUCCCUCUCAGACGACCCCAUCGCUCAGACUCUGUGUGUAGCACCGUCCUCCUUUCACAGUAAACUUGAAGCUUUGUAUCGUUAAAAGAAAAAAGAAAAAAGAAAAAAGCUGUU